AGAUUAAAGUAGUUGAUACUUCAAGAUGCUGUAGGUUACUCGUCGACAUAGCGAGUCUUUUUAUUUUUUACCCUUUUUGUGUUCUUCAAAAAUGGCAAGUCUGGUAGGCUUUGCUGGCGUUGCAAGUUGCACGCAGGCAGCGGUGCAAAUAGUCAUGAGCGCACUCUCUCUGGCGCAAUAUUUUUGCGUGAUUGACUUUCUUCAGGAUCUACCAGAAUUGCUUUACAUCAAAAUCUUGUAUUACCAUAAUCCAGCUAUUUGUGGGCAGCGAGUGAACAUAGGACAAUCUAUUACUGAAUUGAGCAAUCAGGCGUUUGUUCUAAUAAGGAAAGAGCCCUUUACAGCAACUAGAACCUUGUAUAUUAAUUGUGUACACCUCGGCCUGGGAGUUCUUUGGUUCUUCUCAAGUGUUAUAUUGAUUGCCAGCUGGAGUAGCAAUAAAAGAACGCCGACAAAGUGGCCUUGGAUUGUAACAACAAUUGGCAUUUGUGCAUUAGAUGUCGUCGCCAUCGUGAUAUUUGCCAAUGACGUGUUUUUCACUAGAACUUUAAAUGAGAUUAUGAACUACAUCGGAGCGACAGCGAGUGGAUUAGGCAACACAGUGCUGGACACGAGAUUGGCUGUUUGGAUUAUGAUCGCUUUAUAUGGAAGACUGGGCGUUUUUUUUCUCUUUAAUAUAGUUGUUUUGAUAGUGGUAGCGGUCAAGAAACGAGAGGUUAUUGUCAUGGCAGAUAAUAUAUCAGAGGCACCGUCCACCACCAAGCUGUUUGCUAGAAGGGACACACCAAAUUUUGAAGAUAGCGUCUCAACAACUGCAACAAGUUACGAUCUUGAAGUUGAUCGUAUACCACGCCCCACUUUGACAAGUAGAGCAGAUCCAGAAAUGGAUAAAAAAGUAAAGUUCAUUGCAGAUAUAAUAAAUCCGCCGGUAGUUACGGAUAAUAAAGAAAAUAUUAUUCAGGAACGAAGGCACAGUAUUGACAUAUCAGUUGUGGGGACAGCUGCGUAUAGCCAGCCGUCAACUAGCUCGAUGCAACCACUUCCUGCUCCAGAAAAAAAGAUAAGCAAAAAGCCCAGUACAGCGGAACUUCAUCGUCAACUUCCAUGGUCCUACCUUCCAUCUACGUCACAACCAAUGCGGUCUCAACUACCCCCUGAUGAAGAUCUGCCUCCGGUACCAUUACCGGACUACACAGUUAUUCAUAAUCCAAGAAAAGCUUCUGUACACAGAGCGCCAUCAAAUUUAGGAUCACCGACUGUACCACGUAUUAAAUUUCCAACGUCAGUACUGACAUCUGGGGAGCGGCAACGGCAGUACAUUGAUGACGUUCUACCGAAAGUAUUUAUGUAUUAUACAAGUGUUAAAAGCUUUUUAAGCUCCCGGUGGUUUAAAAACCCGAGACUGUUAAAGAUUAAGCAUUAAAGGUGUGUUCGUGCGGGUUACGUACUCGAUAACGAAACUUAGAAGUGAUACGUCAUGGGCCCGAUAGUAGUAUUUAUCGUUUAGUAAUGCAGCCACACUAUUUCAUGUAAUUAUGAAUAAAUGCUAGAUGAAAGUGUUAUUUACCGGUAGAGGUUGAUAUAUUUUUGUACAACAAUACAAAUUAGCAUAAACAUAAGAAUUUAUAGAAGGUUCAGACGGAAAUAGCCACGAUUGCACUUCGGAUUAGUGAGAUUCAGAAGCGAGGCUUAGCGCUAAGUCUGAGUCCCGCAUGUCAAAUCGUAUUAGAUUUUGACAGACAGUCAUAGUUAGCACUAAGACUCUUUUCUAAACCUAAUCCUAAGAAACUAAAUAUCGAAACAUUUGUUAUUAAACGCGCUGUCUACUUUUAGCCCCUAACCAAAGUUUUGUUAAAUAUUUUACGUUAGCUGCUAGUUUUACUGUCAAGCACAGUUUACUGUUCUAAAUCUAUCUGUCUUUGGUCUCUGUUUUAUACCGAGUCAUCCAACCCAAUCUGUAUACUUUGGAAAUUUAAAGAUAUUAUUAGGUUUCUUCCUCUCAAGUAGAAAACAGACAUGUUAACGUUAUUCCUCAAUGUUCUUAUUUGUUAUGACAAAAUCUUAACAGUUGCGUUAGUUACAGACGACGAAAGCAGAUAUUGGGAUUUUUAACAAUUGUCGAACCUUCCUUCAAAAUUCUCAAAUUAUGUAAUGAUAUAACCUAUACGUCUACGUUUAAGCAAUAUUUUUAUAAUAAAUAAUACUGUGUGUGAUUACAGAUUACUACUUCUGUAAUUAAACAUUAAGUAUUUUUUAUACGCUUUGAGAAGAUAAAAACGUUGCUCUCUUUGAGGAAUUAAAAAGAGUUAACAUUUUCCUAUUAUAUUUAUAUCUGUCCAUUAUGUAACUACAGUCUAGUUAUAAGGCAUGUAUGUGCGAUUAUAUUAUGAAAAUGCAUAGUUUCGAUAUUCUCAUAUGCAGCAAGGAUAUAACUUAAACGCCAAUAUAAGAGUAAAACAAUUUGAUGUUAAUGAUAUUAGAAAUAAUGUUUACGUUUGCGUGAUGAACAUGCUGAUCACACAUUGGGACCUAUAAACUUAUAUAACAUUACAAAUAUAGCGAAGUUAUGUGAAUCGAAGCAAAGAACAUUUAGGCAUAUUGUUGUCCUUGCUUAUGCAUUUUUGUGUUUGAAGUGAAUGGUAUUUUUAAUUUUGAUAAUUUUAAUAAAAGUGAUCAUGAUAA